CUAGCUAGCUAGCUAGGCUCAAUUACCAAUCUUUGGUAAAAUUCAAACAACCACCACCACCGCAUCACACACCAUCAACAACAACAAUGAUGACAAACCAUUCUUCUUGCUCUUCUUCUUCUCAUUCCAAAACAAACAAAACAAAAGGAUUCACCUCCCUUUCUAACCAAAAACUCAGAGAAAAUUCUGAUCUCUCCGAACAGCGGCUCAUUAUUCUCUCCCUCUUUGGGAGGUGUCAAUUUCUGCCUCAUCAUCAACAAACAUGGCCGCUGUUCGCCUCCUUUCUUUCGCCCUGAUUCUUUCCCUUGUCCCCCUUUUUUCUAUGUCCGUUUCGGAUGAUAUUGCUCUUCUUCAAUUCAAAGAAUCCUUAACAAACACUGAAGCAUUAGAUCCUACAUGGGUUAAAGACACAUUGCCCUGCGACAAAAAUAAACCCUGGAUUGGUGUCAUUUGCAAUGCAAAUACCGUUCAGGGCAUCCGGCUUCAGGGCCUCCGUCUCUCCGGCGACGUUGAUGUUGAUUCGCUCUUAGAACUUGAAAACCUGAGGGCUGUUUUAAUCGCAAACAAUAAUUUCUCGGGGACAAUACCCCCGUUUAAUAAACUUGGAGCUCUCAAGUCUUUAUUCAUACAUGGCAAUCAAUUCACGGGGGAAAUUCCUCCGGAUUACUUCAAACAAAUGGCGUCCCUGAAAAAGAUUUGGCUUUCAGAGAACAAGUUUACAGGGAAGAUCCCUGAUUCAUUAGGUCAAUUACAGAAUCUUAUUGAGGUUCGCUUGGAUCAUAACCAAUUUUCAGGUCCUGUUCCAUUGAUGGAUCAAAAAUCCCUCCGGGAUAUCAACCUGGCAUUUAACAAAUUGGAGGGUCCAAUACCUGAAAGCAUGUCAAGAUUUGGUGCCAAAGCUUUUGAAGGAAAUCAGGAAGUAUGUGGGAAUGCUGUGGAAAAGCCUUGCAACCAGCAGGAAGGGGCAACCCCUGUCGCGGAAACCCCGCCUGAAACGCCCGCGAAUGAUUCAGGUUCCUCAAGCGUAAAAUGGGUGAUAAUGGGACUGGUGGUGGCCCUCCUGUUGAUGACUCUUCUCUGCAAAGCCAGGCAAAAGGAAGAACAUUUCAAUUUGUUGGGGAAAGAGAACCUUGAUGAGGGUAUACAAGUCCACAUUCCAAGUUCAGUCAGGAGGAGCGCGAGCUCCCGGCGGGGAAAUGAAUCGUUUAGCUCCAGGAGAGGCUCACAUCACGGUGGGAAAUCAAACACCGACCUCGUGGUGGUUAACGACGAAAAGGGCACAUUCGGUUUGCAAGAUUUAAUGAAGGCAGCUGCAGAAGUGCUUGGAAAUGGUGGGUUGGGAUCAGCUUAUAAGGCACAUAUGGGAAAUGGGGUGUCUGUUGUGGUGAAAAGGUUCAGAGAGAUGAAUAAACUGAGUAAGGAUUCUUUCGACGCUGAAGUUCGCCGGCUUGGCAAAUUAAAGCACCCUAACAUAUUACCACCAUUGGCUUACCACUACAGAAAAGAUGAGAAGCUGUUGGUUUCUGAAUUUGUUCCAAGAGGGAGCCUGUUAUACCUUUUACAUGGUGAUCGGGGGACUUCUCAUGCCGAACUGAAUUGGCCAACUCGGUUGAGAAUAAUCCAGGGAGUAGCCAGAGGAAUGGGAUUCAUCCAUUCCGAGUUUGCAUCAUAUGAAGUGCCUCAUGGCAACCUCAAGUCCUCCAAUAUAUUGCUUUCUUCAGAUUUUGAGCCACUUCUCACAGACUACGCCUUCUAUCCUCUGAUCAGCAAUACGCAGUCGGUGCAAUCUUUGUUUGCCUAUAAAUCUCCUGAAGCCAUACUGUACCAGCAACUUUCGCAUAAAAGCGAUGUCUACUGUCUCGGAAUUAUCAUUCUCGAAAUCCUGACAGGGAAAUUCCCUUCUCAAUAUCUGAGCAACCAGAAGGGUGGAACUGACCUAGUACAAUGGGUGAAAUCAGCUAUAGCUGAGGAGAGAGAAACAGAGUUGAUUGAUCCGGAGAUAGCAUCCGACGCAACGAAUUCCCUUGCACAGAUGGAAAUGCUUCUCCACACUGGAGCAGCUUGCACGGAAGAAUAUGAUAAGCGAAUUGGCAUGAAGGAAGCUUUAAGAAGAAUAGAACAAUUAUAGUCUUGACAACAUUGUACGUAAAAUCAUUCCCCAGAUGGUUAGAUUUAGAUAUUUAGAGACUUAGUAGGAGAAACCAAAAAGGUUGGCUGGCUCUUUCUGAUCAACCAAUGCUUCAGUACUUGUGCUUUUUUUUUUUUUAUGUGUUGCUGAGAUCCAAACUAAACAGAGUUUUUGGCCUUUCUUUUCUAUGGGAAAUUGUUCACUUUCAUUUUGGAAAGAGAAAAAUGCCAUUCUUGUACAUAGUAAUAUCAUAAAUUCCAAAUUCUUCAAGAUGCA